AUGGAAAAAGCUUUGGUAAUGUGGAUUGAAGAUAAAUCACAAAAAAGAAUACCAGUAGAUGGCAUUGCUAUCAUGCAAACUGCAUUAAGAAUUUAUAAACGUAUUAAAGAAGUUGAGCCAGGCACUUCAUCUCAGUCAAAACAACCCGAAUUUUCUGCAAGUACAGGUUUUCUUAAACGACAUGCUCUCCAUAAUGUAAAAAUUAAGGGAGAAACUGCGUCUGCAGAUGAAUUGGCUGCCAAAAAAUUUCCUGAAAAACUUAGAAAAAUUAUUGAAGAUGGACGAUACACCCCAGAUCAAGUUUGGAAUGUAGAUGAAAGUGGCCUCUUUUGGAAAAAAAUGCCGAGCAGAACUUAUGUUGCAAAAUCGCAGAAAACUGCCGGUGGUUUAAAAGUAGCAAAGGGCCGUGUAACAUUGUUGUUUUGUUCCAAUGCUUCAGGAGAACGUAUGUUAAAACCACUGCUAAAUGUGUCCAAAGAUCCUGAUCCUGUCAUCCAUAAUAACGCUGUUUUUACUGACAUCACAACGCUGGCACAUACAAUUGGUGGAGAUGGAUUCGAUGAUCUAUCAUUUGCCGAUAUAGAGGAAUUAUUAGCUGAUAAAAGCUUGAGCGAAAAUGAAAUUAUAGGCCUCACCCUUGAGACUCAUCAAGACAGAGAACAUAGCGAUAAUGACGAAGAAGAUCCUCCCAUUUUAAAUGCAACUCUAAUUAAAGAAGGUCUUGAUCUUGCCAGAAAAUUAGGUAAUCAUUUUCAACAACAUGAUCCUGAUGAGGAACGAGCUGCAAAAUUUCAAUUUACAGGGAAAUUUAUAAAGGAGCCUAGAGAUGAUAAUCCAGAAACAAUUUCACAAGAUGAUGAACAAAAUAAUUCUAGUGAUGGCAGUGAUUUUCUAGUCUUACGCAAACGUAUGCGUUUAUUGUCAGAAAGUGACAAUGCAUAA